CAUCAGACGUGGUCCAGAUUCGGGUUUGGCCCUUUUGACCCCGUGGAGGAGUGCACAGAGUCAUCGGUGUGCUGCUGUGUAAGCAGUGAUAAGGCACUUCUUAAUGUGUUUGCACAGGGGCCGGAGUAAAAAGGGCCUCUGACGCAGAAGGGUCCACAGCCUGCCGCCGCCUUCACAAUGGAGACCCCAACACCAAACACGGCCCCAAAUGUCACGCCACGCCUGGACAUGGCAGGGAGGGAUGAGCCGCCUGAUUGGACGGUGACAGUGUGGGUGUCUGGUUUUAAAAGGCCCGGUGGAUGCGGUGUGACAGCAGAGGAAGCGCGGCGUAAAACACUGUAAAGUGAACACACUCGACAAGCCUUCUCAUCUUAGAGGCGCAUCAGAGCCAAAGAGUGCAACAGAAGACUGAUCUCGUUCAAACCUUCAGGUCACUGAGAUGUUUCAGCUGGGCAUGUUGAAUCUAUUGACCACGGCUGCUCUGCUGACUGUCGCUUCGGUGUUGGAUGCUGCUCCGCUGACGCCUGGAGAUCCAGAUGCUUUUGGAGAACCGGCCGAUGGAGAUCCACAGAGGAAUAUUGAGGGUAAUGCAGCACAAGCGACCAGGAUUUUCGAGAAGCUACUGAAGACCAGAUCAAUGACGACAUUUCCAGACGGAGAUGGAAAAACUGUAGCCAUGAAAGCAUUAGACGAAAUAAUUACAGCGACGAGUACCUUAGACACAGGUGCCAAUAAUCCAUUAAAGACACUGACACUUCAUUCUGAUGGACACGAGGAGAUUGGUGACGGAUCUCUGAGCGGUUCACACGAGCAGCGAGGAGAGAAGAACAGACGGUUCAGUCUGUCAAAGCUGAUGGACUCAAACGAGCUCAGCGACGCUCCGUCAGCCGCUCGAGAGGAGCUGGGGAAGAUGCUGGGUGCACUCCAAGAGCUUCAGCAGUUAAUGAACAGCACACUGAGCCAUCGGAUCACCUUCAUAACCAGAGGAAAUAGUAAUGGACGAAGUACUGGAAAAAAGAACAAAAUGACGGUUACAGAUGGAAACCUGAAAUCCACCACAGCGACCACUUUAGACAGCGCUGGGAUUUCACCGAAGGUCAGCACUGACCAAAUGGAUCCCAAAGCCUUGAAAAAGUCUCUUCCGUCAGCUAAGAAAACCAACAAGCGAGUGUGCUUCUGGAAGUACUGCUCUCAGAACUGAGAAGAGCAGCUGGUUUCACCAAGCAACAAAUCCUGUUCUCAAACAGAGAUGCUCACAGGACCGUUAAUAACACGACUGACCCCUCUGACCUCUGUGACGUGUGUACCUUUGACUUUGUGCACGAAAUGCUCUUAACCUUCCGUCUACAACAACCUUCUUCGUUGUUGCAAGCUCCAAUAAAAAUGAAAAAGCAUGCAAAAAAAAUACUGUGAUAAUAAAGAGAACUUUAUUUUUCUACAGAUAUCUCUCUCGGUGAUCAUUGCAGCAUUAGACGUGCGUCACUGUACGAGCGUUUGCACAGGUUCUCCGAGCUCAAACGCAUGUGAAAGACAAGCUGUUGAUAUUACGUCUUUGAGAUGGAUCCGAUCGCUCAAAGAGCUGCUGUUUGCUUGGGUGACGUCCACAGAAUACAAGAGACCCAGCGUAUCAAGAUCUCAUUCUUCACUCGGGGAUAGGAAAUUAAAAACCACGGAGACUUAAUGAUGAAUUCUGAUUAGUUUAAUUAAAGUCUUCUCGUCAGAGCUUCAUAAGGCGUUCAAGCAAGGUUACAGAGUUGCACAAAAAGCGUGUUUUAACAAGUUCUGUGCAUCGGUUAAAACAACAGCAUCAACAACCAUCAAAUAUAAAGGAAGAAGCCGUUUCAUCCUAAACUUGGAAUUACAAUCAAUAAUGUGAUUGGUAAACGUGUGCGUAAUAGCCUCAUGUGAUGAUACGAAAGGAGAGUUUCAUUAAACCUAUAUGGUGAUAUUGUAAAAGGAACAUAUAAAAUGCAAAUAGAAAAUAUGUGAAAAAAUACUGGC